AUGAAGAUAAAAACCAUCUCGCGCGUCGAGGAGGACUACACGCGCGAGCGAAAGUCGGACGCGCUCAGGGUGCAUCGAAAUCUCGCGCCCGAGCUGCGGCCGAUGGGACGGGCGACGGAGUACAAGCGCGCGCUGAACGCGACGAAGCUGGACAAGGUGUUCGCGAAGCCGUUCGCGGGACAGAUGAGCGGACACGCGGACGGCGUGCUGUGCAUGGCGAAGUCGCCGGCGUCGCUGACGGAAUUGGUGAGCGGCGCGGCGGAUGGAGAGAUACGAGUGUGGGACGUGCCGAGCCUGAAGACGGUGCGGGUGCUGAAGGGACAUCGAGGGGCGUGCCGAGGCGUGAGCGCGUCGAACGACGGCGGCGCGGUGGUGUCGUGCGGCGACGACGCGACGAUUCGGUUGUGGACGAUGCCGAAGGCGGGAAUGGGGGAGAUGAACGAUCCGACGCGGAAGAUUCCGGUGUUGGAGACGUCGGAGAUGUACGUCGAGAGCAACGGUUUUAGGGACUGCGACGCGCACUGGGGGAAAAAGGAGUUCGCCACCGCGGGGGCGAACGUGCAGGUGUGGAGCAUGGAACGGAGUCAUGCGCUGCAUACGUUCGAGUGGGGUUCCGAUACGGUGCUUUCAGUGCGAUAUAAUCCGGUGGAGACGGAUAUUUUUGCGUCGUGUGGGUCGGAUCGAUCCAUCGCGUUGUACGACGUUCGAAUGCAGACGCCGUUGAAGAAGAUCAUCAUGCAGACAAAGUCGACCAAACUGUGCUGGAAUCCGAUGGAGGCGUUUAAUUUCACCGUUGCCAACGAGGAUACCAACUUAUACUCGUACGACAUGCGAAAGCUGGAUAUCGCGACGUGCGUUCAUAAGGAUUUCGUGAGCGCCGUGAUGGAUAUCGAUUACUCGCCCACGGGUCGGGAAUUCGUGGCGGGGAGUUAUGACAGAACCGUGCGCAUGUUUGAUUACAACGCUGGACACUCUAAAGAUUGCUACCACACCAAACGCAUGCAGCGCGUGUUCUGUACGCGCUUUUCGAUGGAUGGUUCGUACGUCUUCAGCGCCUCGGACGACAUGAACGUGAGGUGUUGGAAGGCGGACGCGAGCGCGCAAAUGGGCACGCUCUCGGCUCGUGAAAAGCGCAAGCACGCGUAUAACGCGUCUUUAAAGGACCGUUUUAAGCACAUGCCCGAAAUCAGGCGCAUUGCGAAUCACCAUCACGUACCCAAGGCUAUUCACAAGCAAACCAAGUUGCGGCGGACGAUGCAAGAAGCCGAGACUCGCAAGGCGAAACGUCGCGUCGCGCACGCCGCGCCUGGCGCGGAGAAGAAGGAAUUCAAACCCGCGCGCAAAAAGAAGAUCCUCGCAGAAGUGGAGUAGGGGACGAUAUUAGCUUGCCGCACGAAACGAACCUAUGUAACUGGUGUACAAACAAUGAUUUUACUGCUCACUUGCGAAGAGCGUCGAGGCGCGCCUGUAAAUCGUCGUCAAGCCCGCCACCCCCGGUCGCGGGCUCAGCCGAACCACCCUCUAGGACCGCGGUUGGCGCCACUCGUUCGGCAUCGACGGCGGCGCCAACCUUACCCGCGGGCGCCGAGAUUAAUUCCGCCCCGACGUUGCAUCCCAGUUCGUCCAACACCGCGUUCACGAGUUCAUCCGUCUCCUCCUCUUCAUCCUCACCCUCGAACGCAUCGUCGAUUGCGUCCCCCAUCACCUCUGUCGUCAUCUCCAUCUUUUCAUUCUGUCGCUCAAACUCCUUCAAUAUAUUUUGCAACGAGGGUAAAUUCAGUUUGGUGUUCAUCGACUUCAUCGCCGUCGUCACGCCUCGCAUCGCGUCCGCCAUAGCCUGCGAGCUCUUCAACGUUUGCAUUCGCAGCGACACCCCUUGCAACUGGGAUUUAAGCGCAUAGAACUUCGUUAUCGAGUGUCUCGUGCGCACUAAAUCCUUCGCCAUCACCUAUCAUGGCUGACCGUUCGCGAUCGAUUUCUCGAAUGGAUCUGUCGAGCAUGCGCUUGUUCUCGCGCAACAGC